CAUUCGUUAAUGGCAAUUAGCCGCGUGGCAAGUGGAGAACCAGGAAAUGGGUAAGGUUUGCGAUGAUGAUAAUAAAGAAAAGAAACAACAAGUGAAAGAGUUAAGAAUCAAAGGUUAAUUUGGUUACAAAAAUGUUGUCAUGGUCACAUGUAAGCUUCCUCAUCCCUCCGCCAACCCUUGUUAAUCCAAAUUUGAGAAGCAGCAGGACCGUGGUGGUAUGCUGCAGUUGUUCAGAGCCACAAUCUCCAAUUCCAACUCCAUUAAGGAAUAAUGAGAACAAAUUAGGGAAGUUAGCAAUGGUUGCAGUGGCUGUGGGGGUGUUAACAUUGGGGUCAAUUAAUGUUGGUGAUGCAUCUGCUGCCAAAACCGGUGGCAGAGUUGGUGGUCAGGCCUUCAGGUCUUCCGCUCCUCCCCGCAACUCCGCACCAAGAAUCAACAAUAAUAAUUCCAGGACCAACAUCUAUGUAAAUCCGCGGGUGGCGCCGCCACUAGGGGGUGGAUAUGGGUACGGCGUGCCAUACUACGGAGGCUAUGGAUGGUCUCCAUUUUCUUUCUUUGCACCAGGUCCAAGUGUAGCAGUAGGCAUUGGAGGUGGAUUUGAAUCUAUAUUUCUGUUUAUUCUUCUUGGUGCUGCUGCUGCAGUUGUCAGGAGAUUCUUGGGAUCAAGAAAUGAUGAUGAUGAUGAUGAUUACUAGCACAAAGGAGUGGAAGAGUGUGUGUUACGUAUAGAUGUUAUAUUGGAAGAACAAAUUAUGUGACCAAUUCAUUUGGUGUUUUGAGCUUUAUAUUAUUAUACUUACAAACUUGGAAGAGAAGCAAUCUAAACUCAGAAAUUGGGAUUCUUCAGUAAAAGGAAAUGAAAAAAAUACACAUUUUUAUUUUA